GCCAGUGCCAUCAUCGAAGCGGAGGAGAGUGGAGGAGCCAAUCGAGGCGGCGCCUCCCGAGAAGACGGCUCUGGUGGACAAAGUCAAGACGCUGCAGCGGACCAGCCCCGAGCUGAAAGAGGCCUGGUGGAUGUUCUGCGACACGCAAUCCGCGGGCAUGAAGGACCCCGGGCGCCACUCCGUGGAGAGCCUCGAGCAGUUCCUGGCGACCCACGGGCAGUAG